ACCACUCGCGCCCAUAGUCAUCCAAAAAGCCUCCAACCCCCCGAGAACACCAAAAACAACUCCCAGGAUGCAGCUUAUCACUGGGUUGUUGCUCGCAGCUACGGCUGUCCAAGCACACUACACCUUCCCAAGGCUGGUGGUUAAUGGAAAGUCCGAGGACAAGGACUGGUCCGCCACCCGCAUGACCAAGAACGCGCAAAGCAAACAGGGAGUCGAGAACCCAACUAGCGGUGACAUCCGCUGCUACUCGUCGCAGACGGCGUCUAACGUGGUGACGGUGCCGGCCGGGGCCACUGUCAACUACGUCUCGACGCAGCAGAUCAACCACCCGGGGCCGACACAGUACUAUCUCGCCAAGGUCCCUGCCGGGUCGUCGGCCAAGACGUUCGACGGUUCGGGGGCUGUCUGGUUCAAGAUCGCGACCACGAUGCCGACCACCGAAAACAAUCAGCUGGUUUGGCCGGGGCAGAACACCUACGAGACCACCAAGGCUACCAUUCCCGCCGACACCCCCGACGGCGAGUACCUCCUCCGGGUUGAGCAGAUCGCGCUGCACAUGGCGUCGCAGCCCAACAAGGCCCAGUUCUACCUUGCCUGCUCGCAAAUCCAGAUCACCGGGGGCGGCAGCGGCACGCCAGGCCCGCUGGUUUCGCUGCCGGGGGCUUACUCGAGCAGCGACCCGGGCAUUCUAGUCAACAUCUAUUCCAUCCAGCCGGAUUCGUACACGCCCCCAGGCCCCGCCGUGUGGAGCAGCUGAGCGAGUAUACAGUGUGGAGGGGAGUCAAUGACCUGUGGCCGUGGGCAGUUGGAC